CGGCGGCGGCGGCGGCGGCGGCCCGGCGGUGGCCCCGGCGCGAGCCCGGAGCCGUACCCCGCGGGACCCCCGGCUCCGAAGGCCCAGCUGCGUCGGGAGGAGCCGCAGCCCGGCCCGGACGCCCGGGCGGCCCGGCUCCGCCCAGUGUGGAGACGAUGCCAAAGCUGCAGGGCUUUGAGUUCUGGAGCCGCACCCUGGGGGGGGCCCGCCACGUGGUGGCCCCCAUGGUGGACCAGAGCGAGCUGGCCUGGAGGUUGCUGAGCCGCCGGCACGGCGCCCAGCUGUGCUACACACCCAUGCUGCACGCCCAGGUCUUCGUCCGCGAUGCCAACUACCGCAAAGAGAACCUGUACUGUGAAGCGUGCCCCGAGGACCGGCCCCUCAUCGUGCAGUUCUGCGCCAACGACCCAGAGGUGUUUGUCCAGGCGGCUCUCCUGGCACAGGAUUACUGUGAUGCCGUCGACCUGAACCUGGGCUGCCCGCAGAUGAUCGCCAAGCGAGGCCACUACGGCGCCUUCCUGCAGGAGGAGUGGGACCUGCUGCGGAGGAUGAUUCUGCUGGCCCACGAGAAACUCUCUGUCCCCGUCACGUGCAAGAUCCGUGUCUUCCCCGAGAUCGACAAGACGGUGAGAUACGCCCAGAUGCUGGAGAAGGCUGGCUGCCAGCUGCUGACCGUGCACGGGCGCACCAAGGAGCAGAAGGGGCCCCUGUCGGGCGCGGCGUCCUGGGAGCACAUCAAGGCGGUGCGGAAGGCGGUGGCCAUUCCCGUGUUUGCCAACGGCAACAUCCAGUGCCUGCGGGACGUGGAGCGCUGCCUCCAGGACACGGGGGUGCAGGGGGUCAUGAGUGCAGAGGGACACCUGCACAACCCCGCUCUGUUCGAGGGCCGCAGCCCUGCCGUGUGGGAGCUGGCCGAGGAGUACCUGGACCUCGUGCGGCAGCACCCCUGCCCCCUGUCCUACGUCCGGGCCCACCUCUUCAAGCUGUGGCACCACACGCUGCAGGUACAUCAGCAGCUUCGAGAGGAGCUCGCCAAAGUCAAGACCUUGGAGGGCAUUGCUGCCGUGAGCCAGGAGCUGAAGCUGCGGUGCCAGGAGGACAUAUCCAGGCAGAAGGAGGGAGAGAAACCCUCGGGCGGCCUGCCUUUCUUCCACUGGAUCUGCCAGCCUUACUUCCGGCCAGGGCCCCAGGAGGGGAGCAAGGAGAACGGGGGUGCCCGCAGCAAGCGGGCCCUGGAGGAGGAGGGCAGCACAGAGGCCCUGUCCAAGAACAAGCAGAAGAAGCAGCUGAGGAACCCACACAAGACCUUUGACCCCUCGCUGAAACCAAAAUACGCGAAGUGUGAUCAAUGUGGGAACCCAAAGGGCAACCGGUGUGUGUUUAACCUGUGCCGGGGCUGCUGCAAGAAGCGCGCUUUCAGGGAGACCGCCGACUGCCCAGGUCACGGGCUACUUUUUAAAACCAAACUGGAGAAGUCUCUGGCCUGGAAGGGGGCCCAGCUGCGGCCGCAGGAACCUCCGCAGGCAGGGCCAGCGCCGCUGGGUGGCCUCCCCGAGGCCGUGGGCAGCGCCCUGACCUGAGGGGCACCUGCAGCCCCAGGCUCCAGGCCUGCCCGCCGACGCCUGGACUCGUGCCCAUUAAGGAAACGCCUUUUCUCAGGGAACCUCCUGCUCCUUCACGCGGAAGGACAAGCCGCUCUUCCCCUCGGCCCAGGCCGUGGGCUCGGCGAGGCCACACCGGGGAGCGGGCUCCCCGGCCGGACCUGUCCUGGGCUCCAGCCCGCCUGUGUCCCCAGUGAACAAUAAAUCACUUCAAAGCCGCCCCAUU